AUGUUUUGUUCGUUGAUACUUCCAAAUUUUCGUGGAACAUUUAAAUUUAUACAAAGAACGAUCACCAGCCACGCAACUGUUCGUACUCCUGAACAACAUACUAUAACAUUAAACAAUCGUCCCAUUAACGAAUCAGGUUUAUUAGGUUCAAUACAAUUAAAUGUGUGGGAAUGGCCAGGUAAAUCACCUCUUAUUCUUAUAUGUCAUGGUACGUCAAAUCAUGGACGUUGCUUCGAUCAAAUAAUUGCUAAUUUGCCUAGUGAUCAACAUAUUAUUACAUUUGAUUUUCGUGGGCAUGGUUACAGCAGUCAAUCACCGCCCUAUACAUUCCGUACGAUUAGUGACGAUUUGACUGAAUUUAUUGAAGUACGUGGUAUAAAAAAUGCAAUUGGUAUAGGACAUUCAUUGGGUGGUACAGCACUGAUACUUGCCACUAUAUUAAAACCAACAGCUUUUUCGAAUUUGUUAUUGUUGGAGCCGGCAAUUUUUCCAAAAUCAGUUUUAGACGGAAAAACACCACUACAACAAACAUCAUUUGACAACAUAAAACAACGACGAAUUAGCACAUGGAGAUCAAUUGAUGAAAUGUAUGAUUUUUUUAAAGAUAAACCAAUAUUUCGAAACUGGAUACCAAGUACUUUACGUGAUUACUGCACAUAUGGCGUAUUAACGGGUGGUUCUGGCGUUGUUUUAUCAUGUGACGUCGAAACUUCACAAUCGUUUUAUGUUAGUGCGAUGGAUAAAGAGAUAAAUAUCUACGAUAAAUUAUGUCAAAUCGAAAUACCCGUUCACAUUGUUCGCUCUGGUUUCUCUUACAAACCUGGUAGAUGGGAUACAUCAUUUACGUCGCCUGAUUUGGUUUCAUAUUUCAAAAAUGCACAAGAUACAAAACUGGAAAAUAUGUCACAUUUUAUACCAAUGGAAGCACCAUCGCUUGUUGCUGACUUAAUCAAACAGAUUUUAAUAAAACAAAAAUGUAAAUUGUAA